UCUAAGGCGCUCGGGAUUUUGACAUCUUUACCGCCCCCUCCUUCUACUACAUCCUCCCCUUUCCCUCCUCCCUCUGCUUCUCCGACGGCCUGGAAGCCGAAGGUCCGCUUCACAAGACGGCCACCUUGGUACCGCAGCGCUGGCAGGAUAAAGGCGGCAGGAGCUGAGUGUGGAAGAAACUCAAUUUAAUAAGCUUCAAGGCAGCUGCCCUUAUGCGCAUGUGGCCAGUCACUGAUGGCACCUAACUAGAAGAACAAUUAGCAGACGUGUACAAUAUUGUGACUUUCUUCUAAGUAUAAGUCGACCAGCAUUGUCAUGUUCAGACGUCAGGAUCUGCCUGGAAUGCAUGUACGUGAAUCCUUUACCUGCACGGGUGUUUCCGAUCCAUUUGUUCUGGAUGCACAAAAUAUCAAGAAAAUGAUGCGUCCUGUCACUAACAAUAAUGUGACUUUUUGUGGAAGUGGCAAAUCUUCUUGCCUCAGCCAAGACAGCAUGAGAAGUGUAGAACAGUUUGGCUUGUACACCACCCAGCAGAGCAAAUACAGCCAUACUGUCAGCCAAAAGUCCAUCUCCUGUCAGACACAAGAAACUAUAAAUGAGGCACAUUUGCAGACCACAACCAGCAGAGAUCUGGACACAAAAAGUGAUUUAAAGAAAAAGAAAACCCUUGGGAGGUCUGGAAAGCGUGGAAGACCCUCUGGAACCACCAAACUGGCAGGAUACCGAACCAGCACUGGGAGACCUCUGGGGACCACCAAAGCUGCCGGCUUUAAGACAAGUCCUGGCAGACCACUGGGCACAACCAAAGCCGCAGGAUACAAAGUCAGCCCAGGGAGACCUCCAGGAAAAAAGCAGCAAGCCUUCAUGUGUUCCAGCGAAGCAUAGGACAAAAUGGUCUGGACUUUAAGUUGUACAUUGUACAUUCUGGACUUCUUUUGCGUCACAUGCAGCAAAGGAAAUGCCCUUAACCAACCUAACAUGCUGAUCAUUCUAACCAGUUAUUUUGCUCAACCGAAUGUUUCCUCUUUUUUUUUGUCACCUUCUGGCAGCUGAAUGGAUUAAAAGCACUGCAACAUCAGGUUGAUAUGAACAUAUCUUUUGAACUGAAAAGACUGUUUCUAUUCUAAUGAUAUUAAAAAACAAAUCUUACUAUAUAACAUUUGUGCUGAAAAACAGUUCUCGUUCUAAUGUUAAUUCCAAGAGAAGUCAAACUAAAAUCUGUUAUGGGUUGAAAAAUAGAGUUCAUAUGUCAUAUGUCCACUACGAGGACCUAUACAGUUUUGUUUCCAUUUGUAGGCAGUAGCUUUGGCAUGGUCUUUAUUCAUAAUCCUCAGACUCCUGGCAUGGUAAAAGUUGGGUUUCUAAAGAGAAAUAGAUCAUUAAAUGACAGUUAUGGUUAUAAAAAUGUAUUUUAUUUUUUGACUGUAUUUGAUAAGACUCAUUCUGCAGUAGGAUUUUUACACGUUUUUGUCUAAAAGUAAUUGAAGCUGAACUUCAGGCGAACAGAUUGCUAGACAGCAUAACUUUUCUACACCGCAAUUAACUAAUGCACCUACUUGUCACCAGCCUUGACUAGAUUAUGAAUGAGCAUGAAUUCACACUGCUUUCUUCUACUAGUUUUCCAUAUUUACAGCCUUACAACUCAUUAAAACAUUGCUUAAUUUCUUCUGAAAAUUAUAAAAUUAAAAGCAGUUGUCUCACGUAUACUUGCAUGUCUUUGGUAUAUCAUAGAGGAAAAAGCAAAGCAAGUGUGAAAAAAAAACAUUAUGCUUUUUGUACAAAAAUGUCCGAACGGUUUUCUGAAUUUAGUAUCAUGUCUUUAAUCUUGUAAUCAGUCAGCCUUUUUAAAUGGACAAUAGUUGUCACGUGUGCACCACACUUACCACACUGAACAUGGACCAGAGAAAGCAAAAGAGAGAGUUGUCUGAGGGGAUCAGAAAGAAAACUGUACACCGGCAUGUCAAAGGCAAAAGGUUGUAAGAUGAUCUCCGAGAACUUUGAUGUUCCUGUGGAUGCAGUUGCAAUUAUUAAGAUGUUUACGGUGAUUUGAAUUGUAUGAGACUUUCCUGGAUGUGGCAGGAAGAGAAAUUUACCCCAGAAUCAACAGACAGAUAGUGCAUAUGGUAGAAAGAGUCAAGGAAAACAUUCAAAUAGGUACAAACUAAUCUCCAAGGUCAAAGGAAGCGAGCGUAACUGUUGAAAGAUAAAAAAGACAGACUGGAUUUGCAAAACUGAACAUUAGCAUACCACAAUGUUCCUUUGAGAAUGUCCUUUUGGACAUAUGAGACAAAACUGAAGCAUUCUAGGCAAGUUGCGUCAGCUCUAUGUUCACAGAUUAAUAAAGGUAGCUUUCAAAGAAAGGAACAUCUUCCCUACUGUGAAACAUGGACACGUUAUAUUUUGGGGCUGCUGCGUCUAUCAAGGAAUUCUGAACCUUAAAAUACUACCCAAUGUCAGAAAUGUCUCAUUUGCAGAUCAUAGGUCCUCCAACAGUAUGACCUAAAACACAUAGCUAAAAGCCCCCAUGAAAUACUCAGAACAAAACAUUGGACUAUUCUGAAGUAGCCUUUUAUGAGACAUGAUCUAAAUCCUGUUGAACAUCUAUAGAAAGAGCUGAAAAUGCAGUCUGGAGAUGGCACCCUUCAAACUUGAGACAGCUGGAGCAGUUUGCUCAAGAAGAGUUAGCCAAACUACCUGUUGGCAGGUGAAGAAAUUUCAUUGAGAGCUAAAGAAAUCACUUAUUUGCAGCAAUUGCCUCUAAAGGUUGUGUUAUGAAAUUUUAGGUUAUAGGGUCCCAUCAUUUAUGUCAAUGCCAUUUUCAUUUGUUUUGAUAUUUAACAGUCUGUCAAAUAUAUGAUUUUUUUUUAUAAAUAUUGAAAAAGCAAUGCUGGAAGCCAAUUACUUUGGUCAGUUUGAAGUUAUUUUAGAAAAAACUGUGGAUUGUUCUUUUGUCGUGAAAGGGUACCUACAGAUUUUUCCAUGUUUGUACAUCACAGGACAAUGCAGUAGAGCCUGUACUGCCCAUUUUAAGACCUGCUGCACAGGGAAUUGCAAGAUGCUUAUAAAACGAUAGAUAUGGGUUUUUCUACUAUUAUGCAAAUAUUGCAUUUAAGCUUUACCUAACUGAAUAAAAUGGGAGUCUUUUAUGUGCCAGUAGUUAAGCUUUAGUUGAUCUGUUUUUUCUGAAUCAAAACUAAUUUCAUUCCCCGGCUCCCAGCAAGAGAUGAAAGAUGGGGGAAAAAAGUUUGAAACUCAAAAUACGCUGAUUUAUAAACAUGAUUUCUUCAUUUUUAGAGGACAUUAAACUGUUUAACUAAGACAUCCAAAUCCAAAAGGUUUCCUAUAUUACUUUUAUGAUGUAGCUAAGGCAGUGUUGGUCUCGGGCCUAUUGGAUUAAUCCAGAAAAGGUACAGUAUUUUUUUUUUACUCUUUCUUUGGAUUUUUAAUGACAUAUAAUGAUCCUGAUGGGAGUAAAACACUCAAUUCUUUCAAAGAUCAUUAAACCUAAUAAACUAUCUACUCUACUUUACUGCAUUGGAUUGAAAAAAUACUGCUUAUUUUCUUCAUUUGUAAAAUUGUUGGUAUUCUCCAUGUUUUAAUCUGUCAAAUCACUGUGAAUGUUGUAGCAAUCUGUAUAGAUAUUUUAUCUUACAAAAUAUGUAUAAUGGCGUAUGAAAUGCACAUUCACAGUUAAAAAAAUAAAAAAACGUGUGAGCACAUUA